AUGGACUGUCCCAAAUGUGUGACUAUAAAGAGAGUUGACUGUAUAUAUUUACACAUAUCUUACACAUAUCAGUUUUUGACCAGUGAUAUUGCUUAUUGCAAAUACAACAGUUAUUCAGCACUUCAAAUUGAUUUAGUAUUACAAGCAUAUUUAUCACCAAUUCCUUUAUCUAUUCAAAGAACUCAGAUAAAUCAAGCAUUAUUUUAUCAAGGAACCUUAAUUUCAUUUGAAUAUAUUAAAGAAGAUGAUGGAAAUUUUGAAGGUGUAUUAGAACAUUCAUAUGAUAUAUCACAGGUUCCAUCUAAUUUAAUGGGUUUUAUUACAGUUGUAAGUGGAGAAAGAAAGCAUUCAUCAGUACCUUUGAGUUACAUUACUUAUUUGAGAACAGAUGAUGUGUAUAUGCCAGCUAUUAGGGAACAAGUUAGCAAAAAAGUUAAAUAUGGCAAUGCGAUGUCUGUGGUAAAAACGAGUGUUCAAAUUGCUGUAAAAGAAGAUGUUACACCAGAAUUUAUUGGAUUGUUAACAGAAUUUAUUAUGAAGUAUCAUAGGGGAACAGGUUUAAGCAUUGAAAACAUUAAAAAUGAUAUUUCUUUUUCGGGUAUAUUAUUGCAAGAUCUCCAAAGAUCUUUUACAGAAAAUUCAAGAGAACCUUUAGCUGAACUUCCUGAAAUAUCUAAUCCUGAAUAUCACAAAAACAAAAGGUCUAAACAUCUUAAAUCAUCUAUUGAAGAAUCAAAGAAUACGUCUGUUGAGAAUAUUCAAAGAACCUGUAGAUAUUGUUUUGUUAAAGGUCACAAUAUCCGAAGUUGUGCUAAAUAUAAGGCUGAUAUGGUCGAAAAUAAAGAGAAUAUUUAG